UUACGUUUUUGGUUAUCUGGCAGGGGUCAAACUGCUGCAGGAUUAAAGUGGGAGGCAGUGCCCACGGCCCAGGAGCGGGUAGAGGCGUUUCAGGACUUGUGCCUCGCCGCCCAAGCAGGUGUGACUUUCCCUAUGACGACGCUCAACCGCCUGGUUGUGCGCAAGGAUAAAACAACGGGGCUCUUGAUGUGCCAUGGCCGGAUUCAAUGCGUUGAGGGGGAGAGGUCCGGGGUCCCUUUGAUCCCCUACAAGUGUCGGUUAAGCUCUCUCCUCGCUGAGGACGCCCAUCGUGUUAACCACGAAGGUGUUUCUGCCACCCUUCUUCGGAUGAGGAAGAGGGGCUGGGUAGUUCAAGGUCCCAGGAUCGUACGGAAGGUGAUUGAUUCGUGCAUAAGUUGCAGAAAGUGCAGGGCCAAGCUAUGCACUCAGGUGAUGAGUGAUCUUCCUCCCGUACGCACUACGCCAGCAGCCCCUUUCGAGUACACUACUUUGGACUUGUUUGGUCCGUAUUUUGUUAGAGACUCAGUAAGGCGACGAGUGAAGAAGAAAGUUUGGGGCAUGGUUUUUAGUUGUAUGGCCUCAAGAGCAGUUCAUGCAGACAUAGUUGAAGAUCUGUCAACUGAGGGCUUUCUGAAGGCAUACCAGCGGUUUACUGCCCUGAGGGGUCACCCCAAGAAACUCUGGUCUGACCAGGGGACCAAUUUUGUGGGAGCUAAACCUGCACUGAAGGAGCUCUAUGAUUUCCUUGGUAGUAUCGACAAAGAAGAGAUCCAAAGAAGGGCAGCUGUGGUUGGGUCUGACUGGAUGUGGGAGUUUAGUCCAGCAGACUCCCCUCAUCGGAAUGGAGUGGCGGAAGCAGCUGUUCGCGUGUUGAAAAGGGCAUUGUGCAACGUCGGUGAGGAGGGAAACUUGACUGCUCUGGAAUUCCAAACCCUCCUCUAUUUGGCGGCCAACCUCACCAAUGAGAGGCCUAUCGGGGCCAGAGCUCAAGUUCAGGAAGAAACUGUAGAUGUUGUGACACCAAACUCUUUGUUGUUGGGUCGGGCGGGGUCCAGGGGUGACAACAUGGGGUUUGAGUUCCCUGCCUACCCAUUCAGCCGUCUGCGUGCAGUCCAGGUGGAAGUGGACAAGUUUUGGAGGCGCUGGAGCCAGUUGGCCGGGCCGCACCUGUUUGUUCGGCAAAAAUGGCAUGCCCCGGCGAGAAAUGUCUCUGUUGGGGACCUUGUUUGGGUGGCAGAUCAGAAUGCACUUAGAGGCCGCUUCAAGCUGGGCCGUGUGGAGGAGGCAGAUGCAGAUGACCGGGGUGUUGUUCGGGACGUCAAAGUAAGGAUUUGUUGUAGUCGUCCCAUCAACUGGUCCCAGGCAAGGAAGGACAGGGAACCAUGUCAUUCCACCAUUCUCCACAGGGACGUAAGGAGGUUGGUGGUGUUACUGCCAGUAGAGGAGCAAGAGGGACGUGGUUCAUCCCCCUGAGUACCUGAGAAAUAUUUACAGAUUGGGGACUCUUUGGUGUGGAGACCAACUUGUUUAAUGACGGUUAUAAGAGUUUUGUUUCUAUAUGUGUAUGCUACUGGUUAUUGUGGCCUACUUAGUCUGGCACGUAGCCCAAGUGGGAGGUGUGUGGUUUUUCCUAUAUUUCUAACGUGCCAAUUUAUUUGUUGUGAUUUAUUAUUAAUCAGACCCAAAUUUGUUUUAAAUGACAAAUUUAUUUAAGACGGAGUGAUUUAUGUUAGUCUGGGAUAGUAUGUGUUAACAUCCGCUCAUGGAUCCUACCUGCCGGAUCUUCUUUUCAUUGAUGUUGUUGUUAUGACUGAUGAAGCCGAGCUGUUGAUUACCUGGCUUCUGUAAAGGCACGGUUACUGUACUGGUGUUAGCUUAUGCUUGUACAAUAAAGCUUAUAAAAGGCA